CUUCAGCACUGGAUACAACAGCGUGAGCUUCAAAGAGCCUGUCCACCCAGAGAAGAGAGGGACCCUCACUCAGGCUGUAAUGCGAAGCGGGGCUCUGCAGGCUGAGCAGCUCUUCCAUGGGAUAAAACCCUUCCGCUCACAUCUAACCACUGACUGUGUGUGAGAGAGUGUGUGUGUGUGGCGAGGACUGAGGACUGCUCUGGUAGCGCGGGCUUGAAUGACACUAUCAGCCGCGUGUUUGCCUUCCGAAAAUACAUCUGGAGCUAACUUGGAGCCUUUUGGACGCUGAGCAAGUUUUGUUUCUCAUUUACUCGACACACAUCAGAGUCUCUCCGUGGAGCCCACUGCAGAGGACGAGAUGGACAGCGAGAAGUACUUGCCGGAGCUUAUGGCAGAGAAGGACACGCUGGAUCCGUCUUUUCAGCACUCCCUCCGGCUACUGGAUCAAGAGAUCGAAAAAAUCCAGAAAGAUGAGGGGAAGGAGGAGGAGAAGUUCAUCGACGUCGUCAUCAACAAGAACAUGAAACUGGGCCAGAAAGUUUUAAUACCAGUCAAGCAGUUUCCUAAAUUUAACUUUGUCGGCAAACUCCUCGGGCCACGCGGGAACUCGUUAAAGAGACUACAGGAGGACACUCUCACAAAGAUGUCAAUUCUGGGAAAAGGAUCCAUGAGAGACAAAGAAAAGGAAGAAGAGCUACGACAGAGCGGCGAGGCCAAAUAUCACCAUCUGAACGAAGACCUGCACGUCCUCAUCGAGGUGUUCGCCCCGCCAGCUGAGGCCUACGCCAGGAUGGGUCACGCUCUGGAAGAGAUCAAGAAGUUCCUCAUACCGGAUUACAAUGAUGAGAUCAGACAGGCCCAGCUGCAGGAGCUCACAUACCUGAACGGCGGCUCAGAGGAUGCCAAGGUGCCAUCGGUGAGGGGCAAGUCAGCCGCCCGUGGAAGAGGGACACCUGUUCCAGGCCCUCCUAGGACCCGAGGAGGAGUUCCUCCCCUGCAUGCAGCGGUGCCACGGGGAGCAGCACCGAGAGGAGCCCCACCCAGCCGGGCUCCAUCUUCAAGAGGGAGGGGGGUUCAGAGAGCCAGAGGCACUCCUCCAACCGCCGGGUACAGACCAGCUCCUCCCAUAGUUCAGGACACGUACGGCGAAUAUGAGUACGAUGACGGCUACGGGACAGCUUACGAUGACCAGGGAUAUGAAUCUUAUGACAACAACUACAGCAAUCAAGGACAAAACUCAGACGACUACUACGAGUACGGACACAGCGGGGACUCGUAUGAUUCGUAUGGUCUGGAAGAGUGGGCAAACAACCGCGGCAAAGCACCGCCUGCACGAACAACCAAGGGAGUGUACAGAGAGCAGCCAUACUCCAGAUAUUGAACUGUUUAUACAACCCACACCUGAGUCCUCAUGGAUGUUUCAACCCAAGUAAUGGAUUUUUUAUGGACAUUCCCACCUUUUUAGAAUUGAAAACUAAACAGUGAAAUAAUACAAAAAAUAACGGUGAAAUUCAGACGCUCAAACUGGUUUUUCCAAAAUGUUAUGCCCUUAUUAUAAAAACAUACUCCCCCUCCCCUGGGUAAAAUAUGUAACCUGUCCUCUACUAGAAAUCGUCUGGACGUUGAGAUUAAGACAGAUCUAAUAGCAUAUGAAGUCUCAGCUAUAUGUGAUUGUGAAGAACAACAUUGUAUCACGCUCUUUUACUUGGUAAUGACGAGUGACUCAGUAGAAGCUGUGGAUUAGGGGUGUAACGAUUCAUCUACUACAUCGAUGUGUUGAUUUAUAUUCCUAUGAUCCAACUACAUCCAUCUGUGCUCGGCAAGUUGGCCUUCUUGACGCCAUAUAUCAAUCUAACAUCGUUUUAAAAGGUAAUAAAUGGAUUGUAUCCAUACUAGGAAAUAACACAUUGAAUUAAAGCACAACAGACUUUAUAUGCAUGUUUUUUUUUUUGCACUUUUAAUUAUAAAGAAGUUAAACGUUACUCAAUUCAGGCUGCCUGUCUGUGAUGUCAUCACCACGCGCCAGCAGAUAACAAAACAGCAUGGUGGACGGCAGAGGAGAAGCCGGUGAGCCAGGAAUGAUCAAGCCACCAUUGUGGUCCAGCGCGUGGAAACACUUUGGCUUUUGCAAAGACAGUUAUGUUCUAAAUAAGUCCCUCGCUGUUUGUAGGAUAUGUAAAGGUCAAGUAAAGUUACCACGGCAACGCCACAAAUCUAUCCAACCACCUACUAAGGCGCCAUGGGAUUUCACACAACGCCGACCGUCCAGGCACCUCUUGCAGCGUUCAUCAAGGUAACAUCAGCUCUGCAGAAUCCUCAGGCCUCUCCAGCAUGUUUAGUCAGAGACUAGGACAAAACUCGGCUUGAGCCAAAUACACCACGGCAACAAUUGCCAAGUUUAUAUGCAAAGACAUGCGACCUGAUUCCCUUACAAGAAACAACAGGAAUCUAGGACUGUCCAGUAUCAAGGUGUUUAUUUCACAGUCACACUGGUUGAAUUUUUGGCUAAAAAGUUACUGAAUCGUUUUCAUGUCCCUGAAUAGUUUUGUAUCGUAUCGUUCCAAAUGAACCAAUAUCGUCCUUUAGUUGUAUCAGAAACCACGAAUCAUGAUAGGAAUUGAAUCGUUGUUAAAAAGAAUCGUUACACCCCUACUGUGGAUGCAAUGUUUCUGCACAGCUGCCAGUACAAUUUAAUUUAUAACCCUCUAUUCUUCAAACCUUGAACUGCGUGGUUGAUCACUUAAAAUGUAGUAGCUUAGAUCUAGGAAAGUGCAGUACUGUAGAUAUUUUUCUUUCUGAGGGGUAAUCGGUGAAAUUGUGUCCCUUGUAAAUGAACAUUUACAACUGAAAAAGAGAAAAGUCAAACUGUAAACAUAUUGUUUUGCUGUUUCCUCCUUUUUGUAAAAUAAUAGUUUGUUAGUGUUAAAGGGCUUAUAAAAGCAUGGUGUGCAACUGUGGAUAUUGUCAGCUGUUUUAUUCUGAGAACUGUAGAUGUGUUCAUCAUAACGGCCCUAAAACAUCCACCUUAAAACAUCUAUAAAAACUGCUCAUCCUUUAUGUAGACGGAUCAAGCGGAGCUGCAAACAGUCGAGGAGCUUUUUUCAUUUCUGUGAUUUUUUUGAUGUCCUUCUCUGAUUUAGUACAAGAUGCUUUUUUGACUUUGUAGACAUGAUAACUAAUUUUUAGAGCCUAAAUCACAUGCUGGUGAAUUGGUACUUAUUCUCAUCUAGAGACUUGUUCAACUAUAUUGGUUUUGAGCUUAUGUAAGCCCUUUAAUAUUUUCUUCUUUGUUGAUGCUGAAUAAACAUUUUGAAAGAAAA